CCUCCCGUCCCGUCUUGAACCAUCCACACGAACACAACAGCACAGCCUCUCUCUCCUCUACUAGACUUGUUUUUUCCGUUCAUCCAUCCAUACGUUUCGUUUGUUCCACCUGCGCAACUGCGACGGGGAUAAGUACGUCUUCCAGAUGACGACGGCGGCAUGGCCGCGGCCACGCUUCCUCGUCCUCCCCCAGCCUGGAUUCCUCCGCUCGGUCUGCCACGGCCUCUGCGCCCGCUGUCUCUUCUGCUUCCUGCUGCUCCUCGCCUUCGCCUGCAGCUCCAGCUCCGGACGGGUGGUGGUCACCAGCUUGCCUGGCUUCGACGGCGACCUCCCCUUCCACCUCGAAACAGGGUACGUGGAGGUGGAGGAGGACGCCGGCGUGGAGCUCUUCUACUACUUCGUCCAGGCCGAGUCCGGCGCCGCCGCCGCCGCCGAUGACACCCCUUUCCUCUUCUGGCUCACCGGCGGCGACCGCUGCUCCGUCUUCAGCGGCCUCGCCUACGAGAUCGGUCCCAUCAGAUUCGUCCUGGAACCCUACAACGGCACCCUGCCGCGCCUGCGAUACAACCACAACUCGUGGUCAAAGGUGUCACAUAUCCUCUUCGUCGAUUCACCGGUUGGAGCUGGAUUUUCCUUCUCGAGAGAUCCCAAAGGCUACGAUGUCGGAGACAUCUCGGCCUCACUGCAGCUACAGGAAUUCCUCAUCAAGUGAUCAUCCCGAGUACCUCGCGAAUCCUUUCUACAUUGGCGGGGACUCCUAUGUCGGAAAAAUCGUGCCGUUCCUCGGGCAGAUGAUUUCAGAAGGUAUUGAACUUGGAAGAAGACCCUUCCCUAACCUCAAGGGCUAUCUGGUGGGUAACCCAAUCACGGGCGAAAGUAUAGAUUUCACUUCCAGAGUGCCCUACGCUCAUGGAGUCGGUAUCAUAUCAGAUCAAUUGUAUGAGACGAUAUUGGGGCAUUGCCAAGGAGAGGACUACACUAGUCCUGCAAACGCUCUGUGUGCUCAGGCUCUGGACACUUUCAACAAUCUCAUCAACGAAGUCCAGAACGCCCAGAUCUUACUGGACACGUGCGUCUACGCGUCUCCUGCGCCAAACGUUCUCAGCAGACCGGUGGACGGUGGUAGAAGGAUCCUGAGGGCGGCGGGGAUGGGAGGAGGGGCGACGCUGAACCAUCCGCCAGCUCGUCCUCGGUUUGGCUGCAUCACCUACGGCUACUACCUGUCGUAUUUCUGGGCGAACGAUGAACGCACUCGAACAGCUCUUGGGAUCAAGAAGGGAACAGUGGACGAGUGGGUGAGGUGUCACGACGCAGACCUGCCGUACACGAUCGACCUCAAGAGCGCCAUCAAGUACCACCGGAACCUGACGUCCAGAGGCUACCGCGCCCUGGUGUACAGCGGCGACCAUGACCUGCUGGUGCCACACCUGGGCACCCAGGCAUGGGUCAGGUCCCUCAACUUCCCCGUCGUCGACGACUGGAGGGCGUGGCAUCUCGGUGGCCAAGCCGCCGGGUUCACGAUAAAUUACUCAAACAACAUGACGUUCGCGACGAUCAAAGGUGGCGGGCACACGGCGCCGGAGUACGAGCCGGAGAGGUGUUUCGCCAUGUUCAGCCGCUGGAUACUCGACCGUCCACUCUAAUCUCCACUCGUACAUUGCCGGAUUCUUGCACCAUGACCAUGAUUGAUGGACUGUGUGGAUUGCAGUUCAUAGGUGGAAUAAAAUGGAUGAUUUCUGUGAAUGGAUAGGUCUGCCAACUAGGCAACUUUGUGUAAAUUAACUAGGUCUGUGUCAGCGCGCUUUAACGUAAUAUAUGCGGGGAUAAAUCGUGCAAAUCCA